AUGGAACGAAACCAGACGAUUUCAUCUUCCCCUCCCACUCCUGCCUGCCCACGGGUUUCCUUCCCUGCCUUGGAACCGCCGCCCUCCAUAUAUAUGAGGCCGCUACAGGCGGCUCCUUCGUUCGCCCCCCCUUUUCUCAAACGCCGUUGGAUAUCUCCCCUUUCCCUUGAAAAAAGACAGAUUGAUGUUUCCUCCCAAAGAAAAGCAUAG